AUGGGAGAAGGUGUCAAUAUAAGGGUGGUACAGGCCGAGUUCGGCGUCCUUCAAGAUUCUACAAUUUAUAAUGUGAUCUUAGGAAGAAAGAUGUUCAAUGAUUUAUGCGCAUCCAUAUCAACAAAAUUUUUUGUCAUGAACUUCUUGAUAGCGGAAGGUCGGGUUGCAACCAUACGAGGAGAUCGGAUAUCUGUGGUUAAAUGCAACAAGGCUAGCCUUACGCUCCGGGAUAAGGCUAAGGAAUCUAUAGGGGUGUUCCUUAUUGACCUAGACUCCCAACUACAGGAGAAACCGAGACCAAAGCCCAAUGGACUGUUGGAGAGAUUCCAAAUUGGUGAUGUGCUAGAAAAGUACACUAUGAUAAAAAAGGAACUACCUUAUCCCUUGAAGUCAAAACUUCAGAAUUUCUUAAGAGGAAAUGUGGAUUUAUUUUCUUGGGAACUUGCCGACAUGCUUGAGAUUGAUCCAACAUUCAUGUUCCAUCAGCUAGCUAUUAACCUAGAGUUCAAGCCAGUUGCACAGCAAUGUCGAAAGAUGUCGCCCGACCGAGCAGCCGAGAACUUCCUAGAUGCUUAUAGUGGUUAUAACCAGAUUCCGAUGCAUAAAGCUAAUGAAGAUAAAACAGCUUUUAUCAACCCUGAGGAGAUUUACUGCUACACUAUAAUGCCUUUUGGUUUGAAAAUGUAG